AUGAAGAAAGACGGAGAUGUGUGCAAUCCAAUCUGCAUCCGCGUGGAGAUUGUUAACUUGUUAUUAUUAUGUUUGAGUCACACGGCUUUUCUAAGCUGGAGUUGUAGAUGGAUCCAAGUUUCACCUAGAAACUUCGAGACUUCAUCCGAGCACUGUCCUCACAGUAUGUUGGCAGUGCGAAUUCCCAACACUUCAGCCUCCUACACCCACUACCGUAUGCCCUAUGGUCGACCACUGACUGACGUCUGCAGCAACACGGGCGUAUGGCUCACUGUGACCUUCACCUUCGAGAGGUACAUCGGGGUCCAGUACCCAAUCAAGGGACGAAUUUGGUGCACGUGCGAGAGGGCCAGGAAGCUCGUCGGCGUCGUCUUCACCGUCGCCCUCCUCCUCACCCUGCCUGAGUUUUUCGAGAAGAAAGCUUCCUACUACAGUUACUAUUCGUCGAGGUUGGAGCAGAACGUUACAAGGUGCAACGUAACGGAUCGGGAGGUGGUGGCCAACCUGCUUAAAAGUCUCGGCUACUAUAAAAUGAAUCAGGAAAGUGAUUGCCUCGUUUCAUACAAGUUCUAA